UUAAAAGCAAAGGAUUCAAAACCUUUGGUUCUGACUUCUGAUGUGAGAGUGUGGGCUAAACCCUCCAUUCUUGCAAUGAAGAGUGGGCUGCAGCUUGUGUUAAUAAACAAUAUGUUGGGUCUAGUCAGCACUAGAAAGUAGAAACUCGAAGAAAACCUUUGUUCUCAUCUCCCAUUAAAAUAUUCUUCAUACCAAACUUUUCAACAUAUAAAUUUGAGGUCAGUGAAGGACGACCGUCAUACACAUUUCCUUCCCUCUUCUUACUGAAAACAAAAAGCAUCUCGAAAGGUUUUUGCCUUGGGCUCUUUUAACUUGGUGUCCUUUUCCUAUCCCCUGCCUUUUCCCAUGGAUAUUGAGUCAACAGCUCAAGAAAAAUCCAGAUUUUUUGCGGGUGCUUCGGGCCAGGUUAAGUCCUUGCCUGGUAACUUGAAGGUCAGGGUUAUAUCAAUUUCUAAGAGCAUCAAAAAGCUUGGGCAAGAUGACCCAAGAAGGCUGACUCACUCCAUGAAAGUGGGACUUGCUCUCACAUUGGUGUCAUUAUUAUACUAUGCCAGGCCUCUCUAUGAUGGUUUUGGGGUGUCCGGAAUGUGGGCAGUGCUAACAGUAGUGGUUUUAUUUGAAUUCACAGUAGGUGGAACUCUAAGCAAGAGUCUAAAUAGAGGCUUCGCAACACUUCUAGCAGGUUUUCUUGGACUUGGAGCAGAUUACUUUGCAAGGCUCUUUGGAAAGAAAGGAGAACCCAUUGUCCUGGGAAUCCUUGUUUUUCUGCUAGCUGCAGCGGCAACAUUUUCAAGAUUUUUUCCAAGGAUCAAGGCAAGAUAUGAUUAUGGAGUCCUGGUAUUUAUACUGACCUUCAGUUUGGUAGCUGUUUCGGGGUACCGGGUGGACGAACUGGUAGUGGUAGCUUAUCAAAGACUAUCAACAAUUAUAAUGGGAGGAGCAACCUGCAUGCUCAUAUCCAUUUUUAUUUGUCCAGUAUGGGCUGGUGAAGAUCUUCACAAGGCAGUUGCUUCCAACCUGGAAAAGCUUGCUAGUUACCUAGAAGGAUUUGGAGGUGAAUACUUUCAAUCUUGUGAAGAUUUGGGGAAAGCUGUGGGUUCAAAGGAUGGCAAGUCAUUUCUUCAGGGAUAUAAAAGUAUUCUCAACUCAAAGAACAGUGACGAAUCUCUGGCAAAUUUUGCAAGAUGGGAACCUGGACAUGGCCGCUUCCCACUCCGUCACCCAUGGAAACAUUACUUGAAGAUUGGAGCUCUUGCUCGACAAUGUGCCUAUCAGAUUGAAGCUAUUAAUGGCUGCAUUGGCUCUGAUAUCCAAGCAUCACAAGAAUUCAAAAGUAAAAUUGAAGGAUCGUGCACAAGAAUGAGUGCAGAAUGUGCUAAGGCAGUAAAAGCAUUAGCCACAGCAAUGAAAACAAUGACAGAUCCAUCCUCGGCCAAUCCCCAUGUGGAGAACGCCAAAGCUGCCAUGAGAGACCUGAAAUUUGCUCUCAAAGCUGCCUCUUUACAGAAUGCGGACUUCCUAGCAAUAGUACCAGCUGCCACGGUCGCUUCAGUCCUAGUUGAGAUAGUCAAAUGUGUGGAAAAAAUCUCAGAAGCAGUCCAUGAACUUUCCCAACUAGCUCAUUUCACCAAGACUCUGGAACCAACUGUUUCACCAGAGAAACCACAACAGCUGCUUCACAGGGGGAUAAUCCAACCUGUUUCAGGUGGUGAUGGCAAUGAUAAUGUUGUUAUCACAAUACAUGAAAUCUCCACCGAUUCACCAGAGAAUGGGAAGCCUGACCAAAAGGUGCCAAAAACUGGCCAAAGAUUAAUGGAAGUGUAAAUAUGCGUUGCUAACAUGCGACUACAGCUCUCUUUUUUUCCCUUUUGUUGCUAAUCUAAGGUCUAGUUUUUUAAUAUGGGGCAUUUGAAGAGGGAAGAAAUUAUUAAUAAAUCCUUCCCUGUUUUAUUAAUUCAAUCUCCUUCUUAAUUGCUAGCCCUUUCUCUUGUUGUUUUCAUGUACUAAUUUGAGCUAUGUGGCUGCUUUUUGUUUCUUUAACUUUUGUAAUUUUCAGCAAAGUCAACAACAAAAAAAGAAAAAAAUUCCAAAGAGAAGUUGAAGCAAAUACGAGUUUCUCAACUAAUUUUGGAGUUAAAUUUAAAUUUAAGUAUAAUUAAUUAAAUCCAAAGUCAAUGAAGUAUAAUUAAAUUUAAAAACAAGGUUGAAAACCAAUUUAAAAUAAGGAGAGAAACAAGAACAAGGUGCAGCAUCAGCAACA